AUGCUUCCUGUAUCUAUGAUACAGGAGCUGUUUCGAUGGUUGUAUUCUGACACUAAUUCUUCUCAUACCGUAAUUCAUGGAUUAAAAAGCACGCCAGAGUCUUCUAUCCAUGGCAUACCUGAUUCAAAAAGGACAUACAGACAGAAUGAUGACAGUAGCAACAGUGGUUUCCGCUCUCCAGUGUUGAUGCCAUUACUCAAUCCAUACAUAAACUUAGGCUUCGAUGAUGAAGCUACUUAUGGUGAUCGACUUGGCGAACCUUGUUGUUGUGAUGUUAUGAGAAAUGACGUCGACUUAAUUAAACGAAGCGAAAAUUGGGAAACCCCACCCACUCAAUCCAUAACCGUAGAUGAGGUUCACAAACCUCACCAGGAACACAAUAGGAAAGAUAUCGAGCAACCCUUCAUCGAGAAAGGCGUUGGUGACUUCCUAGAGGAUGUCAUUAUUGGGAGGACGGACCACCUUCGUAAGCUGUUAGCGCACCAGACAUUGGAAACUGUUACCGCAGCAACAAAUAGAGCUCAAAAUAAUAAUAUGGGUGAAAUCGUAUCCAGUCCUUAUGAAACGUCAGCUAGAGCAGACGCUGCUUCGGGCAGUCCAACUAGCAAAAAAGCUUCCCGUGAUCGUCCUAUCAGCUCUGCCGCUCGGUCUUUACAGGCCUACGAGCUGGUUGCAUACAUCGGCUCUGGUACCUUUUCCGAGGUUACGCUCGCUCGUCACAAAGUUACCAAUGAGUUGUACACAAUUAAGAAGAUUUCAAAAGAGAAGGUCCACAAGGCGGGUUUCGUGGAGCACACUUUUAUGGAGCGCAAAAUGCUUGUCACACUGCAUCAUCCCUUUCUUGUGCGCCUUUAUCAGGCCUUCCAGACGCGAACUCACCUGUACCUAGUGUUGGAUUUCGCUCAGGGUGGGGAUUUGUACUACUUCAAUCUCGAAAAACGUUGGGUAGAGGAGAUGAAACAUCGACUUAAGAAGUCACGUUAUUCUUGCUUCAUGGCUCCAAAUGUCAUCGAUCUUCUUGGGCGAACCCUCAACACAGAAAGACAUUCAGUCUUGAGGAGUUCUGAUAAUCAUGAAAACCUUCGUCCUGCUUUAAAGAGUGGGAAUGCCCUCCACUUCGCAACUGUGGACGACAGGAUUGAACACAUCUCCCCGCAAACAGCCGACAACCAUGAGGAAAUGCUUAUUUCUUUAACUAAAGUCAAUAAUGAGGACACAAGGAAGGAAAGCGCUUACACAACUCAAUCACUUGCAAAAAAGAUAAGAUCGUCCUUGUCGCUUAGCAUUGUUAAUCCUCUCCCAAACCAUGAAAAUUGCAAUUUGGCUUCUGAAUUUAUCGGAAGCAACACCAGCACACCACUUUUAUAUCGACACGCUAGUGACGAUGAGUCCCCCCCAAAACUAAUUGAGGAUGAACAGAAUCGUGAGAUAUUAUUACGUAGAAAUGAUUCUAUUAGCGCUAUAACUGAACCUACCCAGGAAACUCAAAAAGGAAAGCAUCUAAAUCAUCACUACGGUAUCAUGAGGGAUAAAUUACCUAGGGCCCCACUGCUUGGUAGACAUUCAGAAGAACAUUACCACCAUAAACAUUAUAUGAAUCACUCACAACAUCAUCAUUCUGAAGAUUGCCGAGGUGCACUAUACUUCAAUAUGGCAUCGGAAGAUUCUGAUGGAUCAUACCCUGAUCACGCUAUUCGAGCCUCUAGUUUUACAAAUGACGCAUCUCGCGUAUCAUAUGCAUGCUCAGAGACUAGUAUAGACUCCAAUUCAGUAUCUUCUUCCGCCCCUGCGUUUUCUGGCUUCAGUCCGCAUAACCAGAUUGAUAGCUCUACUUAUUGUGCGUCCAAAGAUAUGGAAGGAAGUACUUCAGCGAUGCCACCGCUUGCUGACGAUGCCUCACGCUUACCCAUUCGGUACAUCGCUUUUUAUGCAAUAGAGAUAGCCUUAGUGUUACAGUAUCUACACAGCAAGGGCUUUAUCUACCGUGAUCUCAAACCUGAAAAUAUCCUGCUACGACAAAGUGGACAUAUUCUUCUGACAGACUUCGGUGUCGCCAAGCUGCGCAAAAACUCUAGGGAUGAUUCAGACAUCACAAUAAUGUCAAAUCAACCCCUUGCGGAAAAAACUGGGAUAGAGCGUACUCCAGGUUCAAUGAACCAAAUGAACCCAUCUUGGAAUGGUGAAUUUUCAGCUACUAGUGGUGACAACGUAGAGGAGCGUUCUACAAGUUUCACCGGUACUGUGGAGUACAUGAGUCCAGAGAUGCUUCAAGGGAUUCCACAUGAUACUCGUACCGACUGGUGGAGCUACGGCUGUCUUCUUUUCGAAUGGGCUAACGGGCGCAAGCCUUUUGAUGGCAACAGUCAGUUUAUUCUCUUUAAGUCUAUUGUUGAGGAAAACGUGCGUGUUAUAGAAGACAAGGAUUUUCAACUCACUGCAUUGGAGCUUCACAGCCAUGCGGCAAAGCUCUGUCUUCGGUAUCAUGAGCUCGUUUGUGAGCACAGACUCAGUGCCUUUCCGUGUGCCCAACAGAAUCAGAAACCUCUGCAGCAUGGUGAUUCUGCCGAACAUACUGCUACCGCUGAGGGAGAAGCAGAAGGAGCUGUGCCUCAGACUUCUCUGAGGCAAAACCUCCAUUCUUCUCUAUCACAUAGUUUUCACUCUGCUAGUAACUCUACUGACAAAAAUCUACGCGCAACUUUGUGGGAUGAUAUUCAUGUUGAGACACGCAAGCGGCGUCUUCGCGUCCCCGGUGUUAGAAAACGAAGUGUGUCAUCGACUCACUCCAUUCCGCUGACGACAACACCGCGGGUAUGUAAUGCCUUUGUGCGAUAUGCCCUUGCGGAGCUUCUCGAAGCCAACUUCCUUCUCCGUGAUCUCAUCCUUGGUCUACUGAAUCGUGAUAUGGGAAAACGACUGUGUGGAUCUAUGGUCUUGGAGCACCCUUUCUUUGCUUGCCGAUAUGUCACUUCUCAGUUAUACGAUUGCGUUCACUCUACCCGCACUAUACCGAUAAAGAAAAGAAAUCAGGGUAGAUUAACGUUGGACAAAGCUUCUGAAAUUCUACAAGGCGAAGAACAAUCCAGUUCGAUCAGUUCUUCGGCUGGACCUAGUGUCAUAUCCACAGAGGCAUUUUUAGAGUGCAUGCCCGUUAUACAGCGCCCAGAAAACUGGGCAGAACUUUUUUCAACAAUGAAAAUCAGAGCUUUAUAUGUCCCAAAGUUACGUUCGAGAGAUGACCUGCGCUACUUUCCCUCAGCUGUCACCGCGACUGGUCUGAGGGCCGCUGUGGAACAACACAAACUUAUUAAAGAGGCUAGAAGUGAGAUGAUAGAGCACCUUCGGCAGACCAUGCGACAAGCGGUGACACAUUCUCAAUGCAACGAUGCAAGAAUGUGCGUACAGCGUAAGAAGCAUAAGGAACUCAACCUAAACGUUCAAGGGUCUUCUCAAGAGAUGCCCAUUUUUGACUCUGUGAGGUCACCCACGGACGUGAACCCUUCUGUGGUGGCCAGUUUAUGCCACAACAUAAAGCUCAAGGACAUCAAUGCAGAUGAAGAUCGGGAUGAAAAAGCAACAGUUGCAUUUAGCAAGGGGAAAAAGAACAUUCACGGUGUUUAUGCCCCACCUGCACUUCCGAUGCUCCUUCAACCAGCCAUCCAGGGACAGCUACUAGUAGAUGACGCAGCACAAUUGACGGAGUCACGAAGUAAUCCUUGCAGCAUUACAAAUUUUGGGACAAUUGCACACGAAGCGUCCGCUACAGUACCUUCUUCCUCACGCUGCACCGAGUUACCCCCUCCUAGUGCUAAAAUUCAUCCUAGAGUCGACCAUGCGUUCCGCAUUCCCAAGAAAGAUCUCCCUGUGGUACACAUCACGGCAACAGCUAAUGCACUUGAGGACGGCAAAGGAGGUCUAGGUGUAGGAGACCAAUGUUCUGCCGCUUUUUUACAUCCAACAAUGAAAGGAACGCAGAGAGGUGAUGGUAAUGAAAACAAUGGUUCCUUUAAUUUCGAUACCGGUGGCAUUGAUUCUGCGGGCUCUUUUACCUCAGGCGAUCCAUUCAGUGUGCCUCGGAACAUGAACGCGAAAAUUGAAGAAAACAUCACAAUCGAGUACUCUUCCAAACCUCUUGACGAUUCUGAUAUAAGCAAGACAAGUAUUCGGUGCUUGACCUCCGAGGACAUCUUUGCACGUACUGCGGUUCUUCCAGAGGACUUUGUUGCAGCUGCCAUUGUCGCAGGGCAUAAACAAAUGGAAAUGAAUAAUAAUUCAAAGCCUCAGCCGUCAGAGAGUUUGGGAUCACAACGAAAUCAGAGUUUUGGAGCUGGAGCUAACAGCGCAAUGCGACUUGUCGAUAAACCGAAUGAGGGGGGCCGGAACAGUGCGGGGAUCAACCAUGACGGAAGUGGUGACUAUUAUGACUCUAACGCAACUGAAGAGACGACACCAAUGACGGGUGCUAUGCGUUCACAAGAAGGAUUCGCUGAGACGCGCGCCUUGAAAGGGUAUCACUGCGUUUUUAAUAGCGACAUCUGGAGCGGUGAGGAAAGGGGCGCGGGUUUGCAAAGCCAGAGUAUCAAGUCUAAGGACGUGAAUGCGGUUUCUAUAGAAACUACAAGUCUUGAGUGUAUUAGCGAUGAUAUUUCGGGCCUCAGUACCGGCCGUCACCUUGGCGGUGAGAACACAUAUUAUAUGGAGAAAGUACAUCCUGCAGAAGGGAAGGAUCAUAUAGGAGAUGAUGUGAACAACCGUUGUAGUUGUGCCAAACAGAGCGUAGUAAAUAAGGUACCGAUAUCAAUUCCUACUAGGCCUGCUGUUGAUGAGGUAGAGCGUGAUCAAAUUCAUAGCAAUAUUAGUAAUAGUAGUAGUAAUUUAUCGGAAAGAUUACCUUCAAGUGUAUGCAUGAAUGAAAGGAGCUCUUAUCCUUCGUACGCUGUUUAUGAUUAUGAUGGUAAUAUGAUUUCUGGUGACAUUCAUUCAUCACCUAAUGCGACCGAUGUACACGCAUUUUGGGCUGAUAAUAACCAUGAUACUUUUUCGAAAAGUGGGGAUCACUUUUGCAAUCUUGUGAACGGAAGUCUUCCUGUUCUCACUUUGAAUUCAUCACGGACGGCAACACACGGCUCUUUGCAUCAAUUGGACUCAAAUGUAGAUCCAGAACAGGGUAUGCUGCAUGCUGGGGAAUCACUGUUUAACGACCUCUGUAUUGAGAACCCUAACUUUGAGGACAGUCCCUUUUACAAUCAGAACGAGGAGUUUCUUGUAGAUGGCUCGACGUAUCCCACGUGGGGAGUCAUUAUGAGCCGCACGUACGCAGACACCUAUCCUAAUAACGUAAGCACUUUACAUGGUAUUGCGUAUGACGUGGAUGAUGAAAGCGCUAACAGUAUGACCAUCUGCAGUCGCACAGGUGCCAAUCCCAGCUCCCCUAAACAAACAUUGAGUUUUACACGAACGCAUGAGAGUACAGGAAGAAGUAGGUCCAUCAAAACCUUAAAAUCAUUCCAAACAGAAGAUGGAUCACGAAACGACGACAUCACCCCUUUACCCUUUUCGGGCUUAUUAUUACCAUCCAAGCUUGAUUUCUCUUUAGGAAAUAUACACGCACAGGCUACAAAGAUAUGCCACCCAUCUGCAUCUCCUCGAGAACUAUGGCAGAAACGAAUGCGCCAGCGAACAACCACUCCAUCUUCCCCCGUUAUCGAGGAUAAACUGCCUAUACGCAAGCAGAGCGUUGAGUUUCUCGGUUUUACGUAUGAUGGUCAUGUUUUAGAAGGUGGUUUCCUCGGUUCUGAAAGCACCACUCUUACAACAAAUUUCUUCGAUGACAAUGACGACAACGAUAGCCUAUCCGCAAUACACACUACCAGCACUUCUUAG